UUUCAGAUGUGCGUUUGGACAGCACCUAAAUCCCAUCGAAAUCCAAACUCCUUGUGAUUUCUCCCUAUUAAAAAAAAAAAAAACAACAACCAUGAAUUGGGUUAUUUUCCAAACCAAAUCAGAGUAUAAUCUUUCUCCUUUCCCAUCUCUAAUCCCACCAAACAACUCCAAUCCAUCAGAAAACGAUAUCAGUCCAAGCAUUCUCCUCAUUGUAGUAGUCCUAGCAGUCAUCUUCUUCAUCUCUGGACUUCUCCAUCUUCUUGUGAGAUUCUUCUACAGGCCUUCUGACAGAGACCCAGAUGAUUUUUUCAAUGCCACUGCACGCCAAGGGCAGCUACAGCAGCUAUUCGAACUCCAUGAUGCAGGGGUAGAUCAGUCAUUCCUAGACUCUCUUCCUGUUUUCCUCUACAAAGCCAUCAUAAGAUUGAAAAACCCAUUUGAUUGUGCUAUCUGUUUGUGUGAAUUCAAGGCAGACGACAAGCUCCGAUUGCUCCCCAAAUGCAGCCAUGCAUUCCAUCUCGUUUGCAUCGAUACAUGGCUUCUAUCGCACUCGACAUGCCCGCUCUGUCGAGUCAGCUUGCUGCCUGAAUUCUCUUCGAGUGGCCGCAGCAGCAACUACUCCACCGUCGUUCCUGUUCUUGAGUCGGCAGGCUGUGAGAGCUCGAGAGAGAUUGGUUCGGGUAUAGAUGUGGGCAGAGAAAGCCCGAAUGAGGGCACCCAAUUGAGUUUUUUGGGAGAUGGCGAUGUUGGUGGAAAGACGGAAGAGGAGGCAAGAUUCAUGCCGGUUAAGCUCGGGAAAUUUCGGAAUGCCGAUGUUGCUGUUGAGGGAGGUGAAUGUAGUAACAGUAGCAAUUGUAAUUUGGAUGGAAGGAGGUGUUUUUCAAUGGGGUCUUUUGAGUAUGUGUUGGAUGAGAGCUCUGUAUUGCAAGUGGCAAUACGAUCGCCUGUGAGGAAACAUAGUAAGAAGCCUUCUCUGCCGUUGACACCAGGCCAUCGGGCUGCCAUGUCGGAAUGCGAUUGCCUUUCAAGUAGGGAUGUGUUUGAAGGCUUCAAUGCUGGUAAGGGAGUUGAGAUUCAUGGAGAUUGUAGUGUUAGUGCUAAUGCAACUGAUAUUGGGAAGGGGAAAGGAGAGAGCUUUUCAAUUUCGAAGAUAUGGCUUCGGUCGAAGAAGGAUAAGUCAUUUGUCGAGGAUUCUUCAAGGCGAGCCUUUUCGUUCCGACUGCCUCUGCAACGGGCAGCAGCUGAUGAGAUGAAGCUAAAGCGGAUUGGUGGUAGGAGGACAGUUUCGGAAAUCGAUGUUGGGUGGUUGGGCAGAGGGAGAGGGGAAUUGGGAUUGAAUUUUGGAGGUGGAAGCUGUAAUGGGCUGGAAUCUUUGGCAAAUCCGCCCUCGUUUGGGAGAAGAACUUUGUUGUGGCUUGUGGGGAGGCAGAACAAGGUGGUGCAUUCGUCUUCUGCUGCCCAUGCCUGAUUCUUCUAUUUGAACGGAUUGGCCAUGUUGGAAUUCUUGAAUUUUGAAUUGAAAGAGUAGAAGGAGAAGAAAUAUUUAGUAAAAAAAAGGGGGAAAGAAACCCAAUGCAAGGUCUUUACUUUUUGUUAUAAAAUGCUCUGUUUGCCAAACGAUAUUUAUGAAUGUGUUUUAAAAAAUAAAAUAAAAUAUCUGAUAUUUGAUCUUUA